CAUCAAAUUUCAGUUAAGUUAGGAUACUAAGCGAAAGAAGUUGCUAGAUUUGAAACAAAAUUUACGAAAAUUAGUUUGCAGAUACUAUGGAUUCGAGAAUACCAUGUACAUUCAAACUUUCGUUAGUAGGCUUUUGUCUAAUGAUAUCGUUCUCAGAAAUACAAAAGGGAGUCUGUGCUGAAGUUCCUAAUACCGAAAAUGAACUUGCCGUGGACAUUUUCAGUACGCUUAAAUCACUUCGGAGUGAAGUACAAAGUCUAAAGGCAGAGAUUGGUGUUGAGAGGGAAAGACGCGUUUCCCUGGAAGAAAGACAAGUUCCAAAGGAAAGACAAGUGGCUUUUCAUGCAAGAGUUUCGCCAUCCAUUAAAAAUCUUAAGGCCUGGGACACGAUCCGUUUUUCUCAUGUGGAUACAAACAUUGGCAAUGCAUAUAAUCCUUCAACUAGUGAAUUUAAAGUGCCUGUUGCUGGAACAUACGUUUUCUAUUCGAAUAUUCUAGCAGGGUAUGGAAAAGCAAUUGAAACUUGCCUAGAGGUUAAUGGGAAAAUCAGGAUGCUGAUGUUCUCUGGUAGUAAAUAUUUCGGUUCGGGAAGCAAUAUGGCAGUUCUUCAACUAAACGCUGGAGAUAUCGUCAACAUAGCUAAAAAGGGUCCAUGGGGAUCGAAGCCAUUAUAUGUGCACCAUCAAUGGAGUACAUUUUCCGGCUUUUUACUUUACUGAGAUCAGAACUAUAAACAAACGUUUUACUUCUACGUGUUUCUUUAUCUUUAUAUGCUUCACUAUCAAAAGAAAAACGCCAAGUGUUUAUAUCGUGAGUAGAAACAUUAUUUCAACAUACAACAAUAAACUUAGAAAACUUUCGUGAAUAAAAUAGGAAAGCAGGAUUUGACGAUAAUGCAAUGCAUGCAAUGAAACUGUUUUAUUUAAUAUUUUUUGUAUAGACAAUUGUGCGGAAUAUGUAAUGUUUGAGUGACAUGCAAAUGAUGAAACCAUCAGAAAUGUUCUUUUUAUUUUAGAAGUUGAAACUAUUGCAUCUUAUCAUUUUUAAAUAAUGUUUUAUAUUCUACUAUAUUUUAUUGUGUGCUUAUAUAAAAUUCAUUGUCAAGUCAUAAACAAACUUUUUACACAUUAUAAUAACUAACUAUUGUACAAAGUUCUUCUGAUAUGAAUAAAACGUAAUUAAUAUUUACCUAAUAAAAUACAUCGUAUCAUGUUAACCAAUUAUUGUAGACAGAA